AUGCCCCACAACACUCCACCCCUCACCAUCCGUCGCGCUACACCCGCGGACCUGCCUGCCCUCCACAAGCUCGUGGAAUCUGCCUACCGCGGCGACUCCAGUCGGCUCGGAUGGACAACCGAGACGGACAUGCUCGGCGGCCAGCGCAUUCCGGCCACCGACCUCCUCGCCAAGAUCAACAACCCGACCGGUAUUGUCUGGCUGGCCAGCAGCACUGAGGCCGACUUGACUACAAAUACUUCCGAGCGAGAGACCAAGUCUGGAACUGAGAAAGACAGACAACCCAAAGACACAGACCAAGACCAAAACCAAGACUCCCCCCUCGUCCUCCUCGGCUGCUGCGAACUCACCCGCCUCAACAACCCUUCAACAACAACAACCCCACGCACAGCCUUCUUCGGCCUCUUCGCCGUAUCCCCAACCCACCAAUCCCUCGGCAUCGGCCACGCCCUGCUCUCCCACGCCGAAGCCUACGCCCAACAGACCUGGGAUACACAGCGCAUGGAAAUGGUCGUGACCAUGGGCCGGCCGGAGCUGGUGGCGUGGUAUGUCCGGCGGGGGUAUGUGGAGACGGGAGAGGAAAGGGUGAUUCCGAUGGAGGAGUUGGAGAGGCAGGGGUCGGUUGUGUUGGUGGAGGGGAUUAGGUUUGGGGUUUUGGUUAAGGGGUUGGGGGGUGGUAAGUGA